AUGGAGAGCAUGUACUCGGUGGAGCCAGCACCUGGUGGUGCCGGCCCCACCUCGCUGGACGUGCUCAGCUUCCUGGAUGCCCUAGUGAACAGCACAGAGGAGCAAUGCUUCAGCGCCCGCUCCCGCAGCACCGUCCUGGAAGGGCUGCCGUUUGGCGGUGUGCCCACUGUGCUCGCCAUCAACUUCAUCCUCUGGCUGCUUCUCCUCCUGGUCUUCUCCUGCCUUCGGAAAGCAGCUUGGGACUAUGGACGCCUGGCGCUGUUGAUGGACAACGAUAGUUUGACGUCGCUUUUCUACGGAGAGCAGAGUGAGAAGGAGAAGUCUCCAUCAGAGAGCAGCCCCCUGGAUAUCGACAACAAGGAUGUGGGAUUCUGCUCCUGGCUCAUUUCUAUCUACCAGAUGAAGGACGAGGAGAUUCAGAGCAAGUGUGGGAUCGACGCCACCACCUACCUCUCCUUCCAGCGGCACCUCCUGGUCCUGCUGAUGCUGGUCUGUGUGCUCUCCGUGGCCGUCAUCCUGCCCGUCAACUUCUCGGGGGACCUCCUGGGACACAAUCCCACCCACUUCGGCCGGACAACCAUCGCCAACAUCCCAACACAGGACCGUCUCCUGUGGCUGCACAGCAUCUUUGCCCUCAUCUAUUUCAUCCUCACCAUCCUCUGCAUGGCUCACCACUCCGUCCACCUUGAAUACAGAGAGAAUGAGAAGGUCGCCCGGACACUGAUGGUUACCCACAUCCCCAAGGAGAUCACAGACCCUUCCCUUAUCAUCAAGCAUUUCCACGAGGCUUAUCCCAGCUGCACUGUCACCAACGUCCAGUUCUGCUUCGAUGUGCGCAAGCUGAUGAAGCUGGAUGCGGAGAGGCGCAAGGCAAUGAAGGGGCGGCUUUACUUCACCACCAAGGCGCAGAAAGAGGGGAAGAUCAUGAUCAAAACCCACCCCUGUGCCCGCAUCUUCUGCUGCCGCUUCUGUGGCUUUGAGCAGGUGGACGCCGAGCAGUACUACGGGGAGCUGGAGGAGAAGCUCACGGAUGAGUUCAAUGCCGAGCGCAACCGCAUCAUGCUCAAGCGGCUCGACAUGGCCUUUGUCACCUUCCAGGAUGAGCGGAUGACAGCUGUGAUUUUGAAGGACUACAGCCACAUCCGCUGCCGCAAGCACCCCCAGCAGUCCUCUGUCACCACUGUGGUCAAGUCACACCACUGGGGUGUUCGCUAUGCCCCUGCACCCAGCGAUAUCAUCUGGGAGAAUUUAUCGGUCCGUGGUACAUCUUGGUGGGUGAGAUUCAUCCUCCUUAAUAUCUGCCUCUUCGUCCUCCUCUUCUUCCUCACCACGCCAGCCAUCAUUGUCAACACCAUGGAUAUGUUUAACGUCACACAGCCUGUGGAGAGCCUCAAGAACCCCAUCAUUACCCAGUUCUUCCCCACGCUGUUGCUCUGGGCCUUCUCAGUCUUCCUGCCCUUCCUUGUCUACUACUCGGCAUUCUUCGAGUCGCACUGGACAAGGUCAAGUGAAAAUCAGCUCACCAUGCACAAGUGCUUCUUCUUCCUGGUGUUCAUGGUCAUCAUCCUGCCCUCGCUGGGGCUGAGCAGCCUGGACCUUUUUUUCCGCUGGCUCUUCGACACCCACUUUCUGGAUGAGGCCGAUAUCAAAUUCCAGUGCGUUUUCCUCCCGGACAAUGGCGCUUUCUUUGUCAACUACGUGGUCACCUCCAGCCUGAUCGGGACGGCCAUGGAGCUGCUGCGCAUCCCGGGCCUCCUCGUCUACACCGCCCGCCUCUGCUUUGCCAAGUCCGAGCCCGAGCGGCUCCACGUCAAGCGGAGCCAAGCCUACCAGUUCCAGUUUGGACUGGAGUACGCCUGGACUUGCUGCAUCUUUUCUGUCGUCAUGACCUACAGCAUCACCUGCCCCAUCAUUGUCCCCUUUGGUUUGCUCUACAUGCUGCUCAAGCACAUGGUUGACCGGUACAAUAUCUACUACGUGUACAUCCCCACCAAACUGAACCAGCGCCUCCAUGUUGCCGCCAUCAGCCAGGUCGUGGUGGCCCCCAUCCUCUGCAUGUUCUGGCUGCUCUUCUUCUCCGUCCUGCGCCUCGGUCCGACCCGCCCUGUCACCCUCUUCACCUUUGUGGUCCUCCUCUCCUGCAUCAUCUUCUCCUUCUUUGGCCUCUGCCUGAAGAAGCUGCAGCCACGGAAACCCUCCAGCUACCAGAUGUCUGACCAGUCUGAGGGCACCUUCAAUGAUGUGGAGCGGAGCAGCGUCUCCUCCACCCCCAACUCCAAUCUCUUCGUGGCCACCGUCCUGCAGGAGCCCGAGCUGAGCCUAACACCGGCAGCCUCGCCAGCGCACCAGUGCUACGGCACCAUGGGCAACCACCUGGAGCCGGUGGAGGAUGGGGAGGACGGGGGGCUGCAGAGCUUCGAGACAGAGCUGGAGACAGUGGAGGGCGAGUACAGGAGCGGCCCCGUGAUGGAGAGCCAGGCCCGCUACCAGUGA